AUGUCAGCAGACCCAGCUAACUAAGAUGUUGAAGAGCCCCAGAUGGAUCUCGAGGCGAUAUAAGACAACGCUCAAAUAAAUCGUGAAAUAGAUGCUCUUGGAUUUGAUCCUGAAAGAUUCGAAGACAUAGAAAGAGAAUUCAAGCAAUUCUUGGAGGAGAUUAUUGGUAAUUAGAACCUUGAAAAGUUUAAAAAUGAAUACUAAAAGAUUCAUAAAACGCUCAAAACAAGUUAUGAAGGAGAGAAGAAAUUGAUUAAGAAAUGCAAGGAGUUAAACAAUUAGAUCUUUGAGAAGGCAUCUAAUGUCCGAGCAGCCAUAAGAAUGGCAAGCAAUGAAGUAGAAAAGAUUAAUGCUCUUAAGACAAAGGUCAAUAAAGCUUAUGAGGAAGUUGAAAAUCAAAAAGAAAAAGAAGAUAAGCAAAGACAAAAAAUUGCUACACUUAAAGGUGAGAUAGCAAAUCUCAAAAGACUCUCUCAGUAAGAAACUGAUCUUGAAGAAGAUACCAAGCUACGUCAACUUCGCAAAGUAUAUGAUGAAUUGCAAAAGUAAAGAGAAGACCAGGAUGAGAAGUUAGACUAAGUUAAACAGCACAAUAAGGAUCUCAUGGAUAGAAGAAAAACAUCCGAAAUUGAAAUCUUGAAAUCACACGAUGAAAUUGAGAAAUUGAACAAGAUGAUCCUAGAAUCUAAAGAGAAGAAAAAUGAUAAGGAUGAGUAGAAAAAAGAUCUACAGAAAGAGAUUGACUCUUUGAACAAGGAUACUGAGGAGAAGAAAAAAAUCCUCACUGAAAAAGAAUAUUAACUUAGAGGCAUGAGAGAAGAAAAUAAGAGAGCGAAGGACGAGCUUGACCAAUUAGAGUCAAAACUUUAGCAAUCCAAGGAAAAUAUAAGAAAGAAAGAAAUAGAGAAAGAGGAUUGUGAGAAGAUUUUCAGUGAAAAUAACUAAAACAAAUAAAUGAUUCAGAGUUAGACAGCAUCCAAGUUUGAAUAGUAGCAAGUCAUUUAGGCUGAACUAUCUGAGAUGGAGUCAAAGAAUAGAAAACUUGAAAAACAGCUCAAUAUUCUUAUUAAGAAAAAUGCAGAACUAAGAUCGGAAAAAGAUGGCAAUGAGUCUAAAAAGGAUAAUCUUAAAGUAGAGCUUUAACUACUUAGCAGAGAAUAUGAUAAACUUAAGAAGUCAGUUGACGAAGAUAAGAAGGAAAUAGAGUAAAAAAUGAGAGAAAGGGAUUUACUUAAUAAAGAUGUAGUAUUAGCUGAAGAAAAAGAGAGAGAUAAAGGCUCUAAUAUUUAAACUCUUGAAAAUGAACUCAAGAAGUUACAGAAUAAGAUUUAAGGAUAUAAGGCUGAAGCAUAAAAAUUGCAAAAGCUAAUCUAUCAACUUGAAAAGGACAAGCAAAAGUAUGGUAUUGAAGCAUCUCAAGCAAAUGCCAAGUACUAUCAAUGCUUGGAGCAAGUAAAGCUUAAGAAUAACCUUAUUACAAAGCUUCAGAAGAAAAAUAUCGAAGCUGAGGGUAGACUUAAGCAACAACAAAAUCUGUAUGAAGCUGUUAGAUCCGAUAGAAAUCUUUAUUCAAAGAAUUUACUAGAGGCAUAGGAAGAAAUUGCUGAAUUGAAAAUGAAAUUCAGAAGAAUGACACAGCAAAUUUCUCAACUAAAGGAAGAGAUCAAUUCUAAGGAUUUAAACAUCCACUCUGAGACUUUGAAUAAGUAAAGAUAUGCAGGAGAAAAUGCCAAACUCGAGUCAGAUAUUGAAAGAAUAACCAGACACAUUGAGUCAUCUGAGGAGAUGAUUAAAACCUAGGAAAAUGAUAUCGCUAGACUAAAGUAUGUUAUUUCAGAGGCAGAAGCUGAGAAGUAGAAGCAGAGAAAGGAUUAUGAGAUGGUUAUUAAUGAAAGAGAUAUUCUCGGAACUCAGCUCAUUAAACGUAACGAGGAGCUAGCUCUUCUAUAUGAGAAAAUUAAGAUAUAAAAAUCCACUUUAAAAAAGGGUGAAAUCUAUUAUCAAGAGAGAGUAGAGGAUAUAAGCAACAUUCAAAAGCAGAUAUCUGAGCUCAAGAGAGAACUCAUAGUUUCCUAAAAUGAAACUGCUUGUAUACCAGAUUUAAGAAGAGAAAUCUACCUUCUCUAAAAAGAGCUCCUAGAGCAAUAGCAAAAGGCUAAGUUCUUGAUGGAUGAACUUGAAAAGCCAUUGAACGUCCACAGAUGGAGAAAACUUGAAUGCACUGAUCCUGAGACAUAUGAGAUGAUUCAGAAGAUUUAAAGUUUACAAAAGAGAUUGAUAGCUAAGACUGAGGAAGUCAGUGAGAAGGAUGUAUUGAUUUAAGAGAAAGAGAAGCUCUACAUUGAGCUUAAAAAUAUUCUAGCCAAGUAAUCUGGACCUGAAGUAGCUGAGAAACUUCAGAUAUAUCAAUAAAAUCUAAAGGAGAGAUCUAAACAACUUAAAGAUAUGGUAGCCGAGCUAAAGAACUACCAAUCAUAGGUUAAUGCCUACAGAUUCGAAAUAGAAAGACUAGAUAAGCAGAUUAAUGAAAUCAAGCAUAUGUGGUUCAAUCAAAGAAGAGAGGGCAAACUUGGAGUCAUUAAGGAGGAGGAAGAGAUGGGAAUGCAAGAAAUGGAUGGAGUAAUGUGA